AUGACGUCACUGAACCCCUGGGCGCGAAGCGCCUCAGAGGUGGAAAAACAGAAGAGCCGUGAGAAAGCGGAAACGGGAAUGCUGGGAAGAAGGGGAAAAAGACAAGGAAAAAGGUCCGGGAAUGCCGAAAAGCCGGGCCUGCGCCGCACUGCCGCUCUAGGAGAGGCGGGGCUGCGUGGAGAGCGUAGAAGAAGAAGCGCAGGCGGAUCAAUGGGGAAGUGGCGACGAAGGUGCCGGCAAAUGAGCGCGGGCCGCGGGGCAGGGGGCGUGGCCUGCGGAGAGGCGGGGGCGGGGCCUAUGGAGAGUUCCGGGUAG